UAUUUACAUGUAGGGGGCAGCAGCACGGGGACAACGUUAGCAGAGGCUAUCAAAGCCUUGCAAAAAAAUCAGCGCUCUCUCCAAGGAAACAAAACAAUAUAGAAUCUGGUUUACGGCGUGUGCCUCAAGCCCGGAGCCUCUCUUGCAUACGACAACGCGUUUUCCCGUGGAAUGAGCAUUCCAUGCAGCAUCCUAGGUAUGAAUGACGUGGCCUGGCAGGAGACGAGAGGUGGGAUGCUGCAUGCAAACGGUGCUCCUGAGGCUGGAGGUGUCAGAGUGCACACUGGAGGGCCCCUAGCUGCGGUUGCCGGGCCUCCUGGAGGCCCGCACUUGCAGGGCAUGGAUAGGGGUGGCAAUCAUACCCCAGGAACACCCCAGCCUCCGUUGAGUGGUCGCUCGCAGGAUGACGCCACAGUGGGCUACUUCUUUCAGAGGCAGCCCGGAGAACAGCUUGGAGGUUGCGCACCCAGCAAACAUCGCUGGCCGACUGGGGACCCUAAUCAUGUUGAUCAGGUCCGUGCUGUGGAUGACAUGAACUACGACUUUCAAGCUCUUGCUCUGGAGUCGAGAGGGAUGGGAGAGCUUUUGCCAGCAAAAAAGCUGUGGGAUUCUGAUGAACUCGCGAAGGAUGGAAGAAAAGGAAUGCUGCUCGGAGAGGAGUGGAGGGACAACGCGUGGGGAUCAUCGCACCAUUCUGUGUCCCAGCCAAUUAUGGUCCAGCGACGGCCAGGCCAGGGUUUCCACGGGAAUGGCGAUGCGAAUUCUGUGCUCUCGCCCCGCUCAGAGGGUGGUGGCUUGGGUGUGAGCAUGGUAGAAUACGUCCUGAGCUCGUCUCCUGGCGACAAGAUGGACGCCCGCUACAGGAACGGCGCCUAUGGUGGCGGAGAUACUGACCAGGACGGGAGAGACAAGAGCGAUGGCCAAGAGAAAGUGUCUCCCUUUGAGGAGGACAAGAGCCCAGAGAUGAAGGUGGGAGAUGAGAAUGAUCCCGCAAAAGCUAAUGGAAGAAGUUUACUAAACGGCAUGGACAGAGACUGCAAAGACUUCAAUCCAACUCCGGGAAGCCGUCAAGCUUCUCCCACUGAAGCGGUAGAGAGAAUGGGCCCCAACCAGACAGGACUGGAGAUGAUGAGCCAGCAUCACCAUGUCCAUGCCCUCCAACAGCAGAACCACAGCCACAACAAGGGUCCUGUGGAGGACUUUCAGAACCAGGAGGCACAAAACAUGGGCGGUAUGGAGCAACAAGCCGGCGUGGAAUCCCUCCAGUUUGACUACGCAGGGAACCAGAUUCAGGUGGACUCAUCUGGAACCCCUGUGGGAUUGUUCGACUACAACUCUCAGCAGCAGUUAUUCCAGAGGUCCAAUCCCCUGACUGUUCAGCAGCUGACAGCAGCCCAGCAGCAACAGUAUGCCCUUGCAGCGGCUCAGCAGCAGCAUCUUGCUGGCCUUGCUCCUGCUUUUGUGCCAAACCCGUAUAUCAUUAAUGCUGCGCCCCCUGGAGCUGAUCCGUACACUGCGGCAGGCUUAGCAGCAGCAGCCACGCUUGCAGGCCCGACAGUGGUUCCACCCCAGUACUACGGCGUUCCUUGGGGUGUGUACCCAGCCAAUCUUUUCCAACAACAGGCUGCAUCUACUGCCAAUCACUCGGCUAAUCAGCAAGCAUCAAAUCAGGGACCAGGGCCAGGCCAACCUCAGGUGAUGCGCACAGGAAACAACCAACGUCCUCUUACACCCGGUCAAGGCCAACAAAGCCAGCAGGAAUCUCUUGCUGCUGCAGCUGCUGCAAACCCUGCACUGGCAUACACAGGAGGAAUGCCCGGUUAUCAGGUGUUGGCUCCUGCAGCUUACUAUGACCAGACGGGGGCCCUGGUGAUGGGCCCAGGUGCCCGAACUGGCCUCAGUGGCCCAGUUCGUUUAGUUCAAACCCCUCUCCUCAUUAAUCCCGCAGCAGCACAGGCUGCAGCUGCGGUGUCAGCGUCAGGUUCCGGCAACAACAUGUCAGGCCCCCCAGCCAACGGCUUGUACCGCUCCAUGCCUCAACCUCAGCCGCAGCCACAGCAGCAGCAGGCUCCGCCACCGAGCAGCGGCCUGCCCUCCAGUUCGUUCUACGGUUCUGGAUCGGUCUCCAACACGUCUCAGAGCAGCUCACUUUUCUCCCACACCUCUGCUGCACCUCCACCCCAGAGCUCCUCCCUGGGCUUUAGCAGCGCUGGCAAUUCUCUUGGUGUGGGCCUCGGCUCUGCUCUCGGAGGGUUCGGCUCUUCUGUAUCCAGCCCUACCAGUAGCAGUGUGUCUCGCAGGGACUCCCUGUUGACAAGCUCUGAUCUUUACAAGCGCGGCAACAGCAGUUUAACACCCAUUGGGCAGCCCUUUUACAACAGCCUGGGUUACUCCUCGUCACCCAGCCCAAUUGGACUCACCCCUGGCCACUCACCCCUCACUCCUCCGCCUUCUCUACCCUCCUCUCAUGGUUCCUCCUCCAGCCUCCACCUAGGAGGCUUGACAAACGGGAGCGGGCGUUACAUCUCUGCAGCACCCGGAGCUGAAGCCAAGUACCGAAGCACCGGGGGGACAUCCAGUCUAUUUAAUUCCAGCAGCCAGCUUUUUCCUCCGUCUCGCCCUCGCUACAGCCGAUCUGACGUCAUGCCCUCUGGCCGCAGCCGGCUCCUAGAAGACUUCAGGAACAACCGCUUCCCGAACCUUCAACUCCGGGACCUGCCUGGACACAUGGUGGAGUUUUCUCAAGACCAGCAUGGAUCCAGAUUUAUCCAGCAGAAGCUGGAGCGAGCAAGUCCAGCUGAGAGGCAGAUGGUUUUCGGAGAGAUUCUGCAAGCAGCUUACCAACUGAUGACUGAUGUAUUUGGGAACUAUGUCAUUCAGAAGUUCUUUGAGUUUGGAAGUGCAGACCAGAAGCUGGCUUUGGCAACUCGUAUCCGAGGUCAUGUCCUACCUCUGGCUCUACAGAUGUACGGCUGCAGGGUAAUUCAGAAAGCCUUGGAGUCCAUUUCUUCUGACCAGCAGGUAAUUAGUGACAUCGUCCGUGAGCUGGAUGGCCAUGUUUUAAAGUGUGUGAAGGACCAGAAUGGGAACCAUGUGGUGCAGAAGUGCAUUGAGUGUGUCCAACCUCAAGCUCUGCAGUUCAUUAUAGAUGCCUUCCAAGGCCAGGUUUUUGUCCUCUCCACGCACCCUUACGGCUGCCGAGUGAUCCAACGGAUUUUGGAGCACUGCACCCAGGAGCAGACUUUGCCAAUACUGGAAGAGCUGCAUCAGCACUCUGAGCAGCUGGGUCAGAAAUAUCAAGGCGUUUCAUUGGAGAUGACACCCAAAACAUAUUAUACAGUGUCCCGUGAUGCACUGUUCAAGGACCAGUAUGGUAACUACGUCAUUCAGCAUGUAUUAGAGCAUGGAAGACCCGAAGAUAAGAGCAAGAUAGUGGCAGAAGUCCGUGGAAAGGUUCUGCUCUUGAGUCAACACAAAUUUGCAAGCAACGUCGUCGAGAAGUGUGUGAUACACUCCUCGCGUGCCGAGAGAGCCCUGCUGAUUGACGAGGUGUGCUGCCAGAAGGACGGCCCCCACAGCGCCCUGUACACCAUGAUGAAGGACCAGUACGCCAACUAUGUCGUACAAAGAAUGAUCGACAUGGCUGAACCUGCCCAGCGUAAAAUCAUCAUGCACAAGAUCCGGCCUCACAUUGCUACAUUGCGCAAGUACACUUAUGGGAAACACAUUCUGGCUAAGCUGGAGAAAUACUACAUGAAGAGCGGAUCUGAGUUGGGGCCCAUCGGUGGCCCUGCAAAUGGUCUCAUGUAAUCACACCGACAUCACGGAUCCUCGAUUAAAAGGUUCAGGUUCUGUUAACAUCUUCCCUCUACAAGUUUUGUGAGGGGGGGGAACAAAAAGUCAAUUCCACCUUCUUCAAAUGCUGUGACAACUGACUCCUGCCACUGUACCGCCCCCCGGUAAGAGCCCCAACUGCGGGGGCGGCAGACGUCAGCAGGCUUAUUCUCUUGCGUAAAGCACAAGGCCAUUGUUAAUUAUGUAACUGAUGUAUUUGACUGGUUUUCAUAUUGUACAUUUAUUUUUUUUUUUACCUUGUAAAUUCUUUGUAGAGGAAAAAUAGACAUUUGCUGAAACUUCUUACAAUUCACACCAGCAAGUGACUUAUUAAAGCUAAAACUGAAUGACAAAAUUCCAUUUUGCUUUUUGAACCGGCUGAUCUAAGUUGAGGUUAUUUGAUAUUUCUAGAUGAUCCCAUGCAGAGUUAAAUCAAUGGUAUCCAUACCAAAGCAGCAUUGUAUGGAUGGUGUGGUGGGGGGGCUUUCACUGGUCUUUGAAUGCAGAUCCACGGUAGUGUUUUUCAAUGGAUUGCCUUGAUUUGUUUUGUUCCUUCCCUCCUCUCUGCCAGUUAUUGUUACCCUGUUGGCAGUCUGAAUCAUUUUGGUACCAAAACCUUUCCAUUAAUCAUGUGUUUAACAGGUACUAAUGACAAGAGAAGUUAAGGCGUCUGAUGGGUCAUAGCGGAAGCGACUUUUAUGGGAUAGUAGGCGGGGCUUGGCAGCAUGCUGUGGCAGGUUAUAAUCCUUGGGUUAUUAUUCUUCCCUCUUAAUCGUUUCAGUGUCUCGUCACACGAACACUGCCCCAUAGUUAACAUUAUGUAGUGAAUAACCAUCUCGGGCUUCUAAGUAGUUUAGUGUAGCAUCUUUUUGUGUGAUUUGUCGCUUUUACCCCACCACCGCCGCUACGUAAUCGUCACAAAUGUAAAGGGGAGUUUAUCCCAGUGUUGUACAUGAGAUGGAAUGAAUCAGUGGGACUCGGAAGGGACGUCUGUUUUUCAUGCUCCGGUGUUUGUGUUGCUUUUUUGGUCGGGUUGUGGGGAGGGUGUCAUCUUUUUGGGUAUGAGUUGAUUGGCGGCCAGUGGGGCCAUCUUAAAGCUAUACAACUGUCCUGUAAUAAUCGUAGUGAUGGCUUCUUUGCUUCAUAUGAAUUGUAGAAUAUAUGUAGUAUAUGUGCAGUCGGUAAGUGUAAGAUUUUUAUUAUUAUUAGUUAAAGUGAGGAGAAAAAAAAUCUAGUUGUGGUGUUUGACAGGCCUUGCAAACUUGUAGUGAUGCUUUUAUUCCCUCUGUACAGUUGUACAUUUGUAAACGUUGAUGCUGUAAAUGGAUGUCUUUUACAUUUUAGCGGGGAGAAAAAAGCUAAAAAGUGUGCAUUUUUUGAUUGUGUGUGUGUGUGUAUAUUCAUCACUCCUUUCCCGCUCUUUUGAAUAUAAUGUACACAGUUUUAUUUGAGCAAGUGUUAUUUUAAUGAGGAAAAAAUCAUUUUUAAGGCUUCACAAUCGGGCAUGUAUUUUGUUUUUAAUCUCUCUUACGGGGACGGGGGGGGGGUGACAGCCUCUAUUUGUACCGGAGCUGCUGUAACAUCCACUGUUGAUAGUCUUUUCUGAUGUGU